UGUGAUCAGUCAUUUGCUGUCAGUUCGACUGCUAACCCCCUCACAUACACACAUUAAUUCACAUAAUAAAGUUGCUUGAUAAUGAUGCUAAUGGGAAUGGUCCUUUUUUGUAUAAUUUCUGCAUUCUGGACAGGAAAUGCAGAAGUUGUCCCGGACUUUAAAAACUGCAGUGAGUUCUUUUACAAUGAACAAGAGCCCAGUGGCUUUAUUCCACGUAAUGGUGAUAGGCGAUAUAAAAGGAUCUGCCAGACCUUAAACAAUAAGAGGUACUUUGCUACCCUUUACGAUACUAAGUACCGUAUCCCAGUGUAUUCUGCUUAUUUACCAGACAAGCCGGAUGGAGCAAAGAAGACAUCAAGACCGAACUCAAAAGAAUGGUUCUAUGAACCGGGGCUGUCGAAUAGAAAUCAUGAAAAAAAUAUGAUUCGUAUCAGCAAAAAAGACAUGCAAAAUAUUGGAAUGAACCAAGCAGUAGAUGCUGAUUAUACGCAUAGUAAUUACACAAGGGGCCACCUAAAUCCUAAUUGCCAUCAUAAUGCUGACUCUUGCAACUCAACCUUUACCUUCACAAACAUCGCACCUCAGGCGGGAUUAUUUAAUGGGGGUACCUGGAAAAAAUAUGAAGACAAUUUAAUGGAUAUCAUCCGCACCAGUUGUGCUAAUCUGUUUGUAGUGACAGGUGUGAUUCCAUCCAAAGAUCAUUUUAUGAAAAGCCGGGUCAACAUCCCCUCUCAUUUCUGGAGUGCAUACUACUGUCAGAAUUCAUCAAUGAAACGUUGUCCUGAAGCUUUUAUUGGAAGCAACACUAAUGACACCAAUGAAGUGAUAAAUGUAACUCUUAACGAGCUACAGGCUCAACUAAAGGAACAUUUUGAAGGAAGAGAAAUCCGUAUCUUUCCAGGUUUGAAUAAUGCUAUUUCUCGCUGCAGAAUUUUACGUGAUAAAUUCACGAGAGCAUGCAGAAGAGUCUACGACACAGCCUCCAGAGUCUACAGAAUGGUAUGUAAUGGAAUAGAAGCUGUCAGAAGAUGGAGAGGGAAAUGAUGGUUUACAUGCUAUAUUUUAAUUUCCUCAUUUGUUAGCUGCAUCUUGGAGGACUAAUACAAAUACUUCUUGCAUCAUUUUUUUAUUUAAAAGGCAUUUAUUCUACGUAGCACAUAUUAUACAAAGCAUUAUUCAUUGUAAUUAUUAUUAUUAUUAUUUGCAAUUUUAAAUAGCAAGCAGACCUAGGUAAAUGAGAUUAAUUCCCAUGAGAUAUGCUGUCUCCACAUUUCUUCCGUUUGAGAGUUAAAUCAAACCUUUAUUAAAAAAAAUGGUUAUUUUCAUAAAUAUACCAGCCAUACAACUUUUAUACUUGGUAAAAUAGUAAAAAUAUUAAUCCCUUUACCACUAACCAUAUACACUUAAAGAGAACUGAAUUUUACAGUUAUUGUCUAAAAGGUGUACCAACUCUAUAUCUAGAUCCAAAGUGUCUGCAGUCAGUCAAAAUCCAGCAUGCAAUAGUGAAAUAUUAAGAGGAAAUGAUUCUGAGCUACACAUUUCCUGAAACACAUGUCUAUUAUGGCAGAAAGUAUUCAUUUUCUGAAAAAAAAUAUUAGAUGUUUGUCUUUCCCUAGGCUUCAGGACAACUCCCUUCUUUAAAGGUAGAAAUAUCAAAACUUAGUGAUGUAUUAUUGUAGGCAGCAACAUUAAGGAUUAGUUAACUCCUAAGGACAUAUCAUGUGACCACCAAUUAUUCUUUGGCUCUGCAUGGGGAAUGUCAUGAGUAUCUGUGCAACAUGUGUAUGUAGGAUGAAAUUCAUCAUGCCAGUUAACACGUACCCAUCGUGUGUAUGACAAACUAAAAUGUCUGCAGAGACAAAUUCUAUUUACUUAAAUUUAUUUAUUUUAAGAAUGCAGAAAAAACAGAAGAAAUAACUGAGUAAUGUGGUAUUAGAGAAAGAAAAAACAUAAAUGGAGUACAAUGCUUAAGCCAGUAACAUUUUAGGAAAUGAACUCAGCAACUAUAAAUGCAACAUAAUCCUAAAAGUUCAUAGCUUUGAUCUAGGCAGGUAUCGGGCAUUAGCACCUUCCCCCCAUUUUUAUACACAAGGUUUGGUGCCACAUAAACCAUGAUCAUCAUUGUUUUGACAUGUGAACUGAUUUGCAGACAUUAUUUAGAAUACAAAAGUAUUCUUUGAAAACUAGAAAUCAUCCCAUACAAAUAUUGAUGGAGAUGAUGCUGAUCUUUAAUAUUCCAGAAUAUCUGGAUUAUCUUUACCUAGUUAUAAUAGUACGAAAAGAACCAUAUCAUACAAAGCAAGCCUGUUAUCAUAGUUAGAGGUUUCUGGCAUUACCUUGGGCUUGAAAGCUUCUGUGCUUUAUGAUGUAUUUACAUAAUUGCUUACAAUGUAUAAUUUGCCAUACACGUCUACUUCCUAAAAGAAAAUUAAAUGGGAUUAUUUUACCCUUUCUGCCCUUAAGAGUUUAUGUUCUUCUGCUUUACCAGUUAGGAAUUUCCAUGUAACAUCCACAGCUUUAUGAUACAGUUAGGACUGUCACAGGCUCAUACAGCAGCACAUAGUAUUGUCAGACCCCAACCUUACUCAGUAAGGGUGUUACUGGUUGCAGUUCAGUAAAUUAACAUCCAGCCACAUUAUAUAUUAACAUAAUAGGAAAAUGGACACUUUAAAUACACUUACAAAUUCAGUAAAGCCUUUACUCUUGAAAAUAACAGGUCUUUCUGAAACACAGCAUCAUAAAGUGAAAUGCAGCAGCUGAUGACUAAAUAUAAACCUCCUAGUCAGUGGGUCUAUAUUAGAUCACCGAAAGCUUAAAAAAGCGAACAU